GAAAAUCAGAAGAGGAAGAAGAAAGGAAAAAACAUUAUUGACUCAGGUAAUGUUUUAGGAUGAACACAAACAGUUUCAAAAGGAACAGAUGUUGAGACUCUACACAAAAAACUGUUAUACCUCUGUAUUAGUUUUAAUGGUGUAUUGUGCGGUACAGUGUCCUUGUCAAUUCCAAAUGCAAUUUGAAUUAUUACAAAAACAUUAUAUAAAAAGAUUCACUUAAUUAUACGUACAACAUCACCAUGAUGUCCUGACCCUAUUUCUAAAUUAAUUUUACGUCUAUUUUAGAUCCUGAUGAAAAUCCUCUUCUUCCAAAAAUCAGGUAUGUGAUUUGUUUUUUCAAUUUCAUUCCAUUUCAUACAGUUGUAGUUAAACUCUUUGACCCUAAUAUCAGCCCUGAAUCAAGAGUCAAGGAAAUGAUCACCGACUAUAGAAGCUCUUGAUUAUUAAACAAAUUCUCCUUGUCAGCAGCUUAGAAAAUGCAUAGAGAACAGCACGGAGAAUAUGCAUACUGAUGUCAGGUUGUAUUCAGAACCUGGUUCUCUUUCACUCGUCUCUGUUUCAGAAAAUCCACAUCAGUAAAGAAGGAGGAGAGUUCAAAAGCUAAGAAAAGUAGAAGAGCAAUCAGCUUGGACUCGGGUAAGGAAAUUAUGUCAACUUAUUGAGGGUACGUGAUACUUUUCAUGUGAAAGGUGAUGUGGAGACUUUAUCUUCACGGGAAUUGUGAUUUUAUCUUUUUUUUACAUAAAUAUAUUUAAUUUUCAUAGGAUUAACAGUUUUAUUAACAGGUUAGAAAGAGUGAAAAUAUGAAUUUAGUUUAAUUUUUUUCCUUAGUUUUAUUUAUCUUCGAAAUGUGAUCGUCUUGAAUUUCAUGUGAAUGUCAAAACGUUUUGGAUACUUUUCAUUAUAAAUAAGAUUGCCAAAUAUCUUUACGUGACCGAGUUCGACACAAGGGUUUUUUUUUGGCAGACUCUGCUUAUUGAUGGAGUGGGAGGGCUGGAUAGGGAAAUAUUUAGUGUGAGGUGAGCUUGAGGUACAGUAAGAUGAUGUCAGUUUUUUUAACAUUGCGUGACCUUUAACAUUGCUUAUGUAUUAGCUUGCUAAAGAAAACGAAGCCAUCUGCUUCAUUCAGGGUUCAGCACACUUACCAUUAGACCACUCUGCCUCAAAUAGAAUUUGAAUAUUUUAGCACUUGAGUUACAUUUUGAUGCAUUUUCUACAGAUGAGGAAGAAGUUGUGCCCAGCAAAUUAAAAAUGUCCGCAAAACAGGCAAACAAUGUAGCUUCUAAAGAGGUCCAGCAAGUUAAAGAGAGGUAUCUUUCAUCAUUCUCUUUCAUUAUAUUUGACAUUUCAGUACCAAACCAUGGUGUUCAUUUAGAACAUAAGAUAUUGCUCUGGAGAAGCAUCUGGCUUCUUCUAAAAUUAUCCAUCUAAAUGUUGUUUCUCUGCUUGUUUGUUUGUUUUUUUCCUUUCUUCCAUCAAGCAUUGCGGAUGUAAGAUCUGUCAUAGGACACUGCUCUUAUGCUAAUACAUUUAACCCUUUGACUGCGAAGAAAGACUAGCAUCUAAUUUCUCUUUACAAUAUCCCUCCUGAAUCAAACAUUAAUGUGAAUUGAUCGCUUUAAUCGUCACCAAAGGUGAAUUUAAUACAAUGUUGUUGUGUUACUGAAAUAUUUAACACAUGGAUUGUUAUUCUUGCUUCAGUCCAGUCAAACCUAAAGAGAAAAAAGCAACUUCUGCUCUUGAUUUCUUUGGUUCUACUCCAGUUGAAAGGGAAUCCAGGAAAAUAUUUGCUAAGAAAGAAAACAGGUGAAUAACUAACUACACUUUUUAAUUUCCACCCACAAUUUUUUUUGUAAAGAAAAAUUCAGGCAUCCAGUGUAUUUUUUUAACAGUACUUCAUGCAUCAUGCAUUGAACAGGGAAAGCUUCAAACCUCACCAUACCUUGCCUUUCUAUAAAAUUCAUGCAUCACAUGUUAAUUUUUGGGUGUAAUCAUGUAUCCCUUGUAAAACCCUCAGCCAAUCUGUUAUAGUUAUAUCAGGAUGGUCUACAGUGAACACAUAACAUGUCACAAAAUCAAUGGGUACCGGUAGUGACCAAUUGAGGAAUAGUUUUGGCAGAAACAACACCAUAGGCUGCCUUAAAGGAACAAGUCCUUUCACCUCCAAGAUAUUAAAAUCAGUUCUCUUUACUGUCAGUCACACAAGUGUCAUGAAAAUAUCUUUGAGAAUAUGGUGUUCAAUCAAGUGAUAUCCUCUUGUCUGAUGAUUUUCUUUCUUCUCAUCACAUUGCUUCUCAGUUGACUGUGAAUUGGUAUUAUUGCGAGAAAUUAGAAAAUUGAUCACUCUUAAGAGUGCAAAUUUUAAGCUUGGUCCAGAGCUUUAAGCCUUCCAAAUGAUCAUUCCUUAAUUCCCUGUUGAACCAUCAAUCAUUUUUUUUGUUUUCAUUUCCCACAGAGAUCUGACUCAAAGUGAACUUCAAUAGAAAAGAAGAGUAUAAAAAAAUGGGAGAAAAAAAAGGAAGAGAAAAAUGGGAAUGUCAACCAUCACACAACAGAGCAACCAUCAAAGAAAAGAAAGGAAGACUUCUCAGAAUCAAAGUCUGAGGUUAAAAAGUCUUCCCCUGAGAAGAAAAAGGUUUGUAAGCCUUUUGAUUACCAUACUUUAUUGUUGCAAAAUUAAUCAUUACUAUUAAUACUUAAUUGAACCAGCUAACCUGAUACUAGAAUGGAUUGGAUCUGAUAUGAUUGCAUGUGUAAGGUAUGUGUCAUUAAGCACUUACAUAAGUUACUUUUAGAUGAAACAGUAACAUUUUAUGACUAAAUUUGGCUUUGUUUAAGAUCCAAAAGCUUACUCAAAGUUGUUAACUGGUGUUACAUUUUGUAUAUGUAAACCUGUCCUACUAAUGACACAUUACUAACAAUACUUGCAACAAAACAUUACUUACAAUACUAACACUACUCAAAAUACUACCAUUACUGUACCUAGAAUUUAAACAAAAACAGUAACAAUAGUGACAAAACUUUUAGGUACGUUUUUGGUGAUUUUAACUUUGACAAUCCAGGAGGAUGUUACCGCCUUGUCUCCAUUUUUCAAAGCAGCAGUGUCUUUCACCAUCAACAUUCCUAUUUGGAACAACUCUUGCCUUGUGGGGACAACUCUUUGCUGCUAGAAUAUUUGAUAUACAUGUAACUUUUAUUCACUUCAAAUUUUAUCCAUGGACUUUUCAGUAAGUACCAAAGACAACUCCUGCUUGCAAACUGGCUGCCAAAGCUGCCACAGUUCCAGAAACUCCAGUUAGAGACUCAAAACCAAGUCCAAAGAAAACUGUUGCUCUGAAAAAGGAAAAAAAGAUGUUUGUAAGGAAACUCCAACCCAAGGAACACCAAAAGGUGUCAAAAUCAGAGGAAGAGGUUGAAGUUCCACCCUCAUUGGAAAAGAAAAAAUCUGGCUACCAUGGUUUAUGGCGAGAGUUGGUCCUAGGGCACUUGGUUCAAAGGAAAUCCCUCAGGUAGGUUUUAAAGACCAAGAUCUGAUUGUUAAUUCUCCCCUCUAACUGCUACACAUUUUUCUGUAAAUUAAUAAUGAGAGUUUGUCGUUAGAUCAUUAUAACAACUACAUGUACCUGAUAAGUUUUAGUAUCCUCAUUAUGUGUUUGCUGGAUAAUGUAUGGAUAUUCUUGGGAGAAGUUACAUGUUAAUUUCUUACAGUAGUUAAAUUAUUAUUUCUCAAGCUCUUUAUGGUUUGUUUUCCAUCCUUUCAAAUUUUAAUGAGAGAUGCAAGACAAAGGAAAAUGAAGAUUAUUAGAAUUAAGGCUUAUUUGGAAAAUCUGCAGAUACAGUUUACACGAAAAAAUUGCAAAAUGCAUGCUUUGAUUCACCCUUUUACCUCCGAAAUGUCAAUAGUAAUUCUCCUUACUGUCUGUCAUACAAUUCUUGUAAUGUUAGUUUGGAGAAUUUGGUCUUGGAUCAACUAAUAAUCCCCUGCUUGAUUAUUUAUUCUCAUCACUUGUCUGCAUGAUAUUGUAUUGAUAUUGUAAGGAGAAGUUCUGUCUUGGUCACUCAUGGGAGUUAAAGGGUUAAACAAAAAAAUGUAUUUUAUCCUUUUACUCUCAGUUGUUGUUCAAAUGUUGGUUCAAUGUCAGUAUCUGAGAAACUGCCUACCUACCCCGCCCCUAAGCCAACAUUAACCCUUACUUGUAAGCAGUUGAUGGUUGUUGGGUUAGGGGAGGGGUGGGUGUGCAGAUGCUGACAAUGAUCUGAAAUGUUUAUGGUGUAUCUACAGAGUUUUUUUUCAUUUUUCACCAUUUAUAACUUUUCAGUUAAUUAAUUAUUUGUCGCAUAUCUUAAAUUAUGCAUGCACUUGAUAAUAUAAUAUUUAGGAAGCGGAAAACUGUUUGAAUGGACUGACAUUUGUUAUUACAGGAAUCUUGGAAAGUAUUGAGAGAGAGGAGGCAGCAGAUCUGAUUCAAAGAUAUGGUGGAAAAGUUACCCAAUCAGUGAGCAAGAAAGAGUCAAGUUGUUGUGGGACAGGAUCCUGGAAGAGUAAACUUUCCAAGGUACAUUGUAAUGCACAGCUCAAAAGAGGGAAAAAAAAGAACUCUGAACAUAAACAUAUACACUGCACCUUUUCCCUAAAUUUUUAUAACAAAUCCGGGUGCAGCUUACUGCAAAUACACCUGGGAAACUUGUCGCAAAUUUGCAUAAAUUAACAUGAUUCAUUGAACAGCAAACUAACAAGAACUGAAAAAUUUUCUUUUUGUUGUUGUCUUCUAAAAGUUUUUUUUUUCCAUGAGCAUAAAAUUAUACUGUGGAGUUCAUUAAAUGUUUCUUUGUUAAAAGACCUUUUUAACUGGUUUAAGGUUGUAUUUCCUUCCUUGAAUAGCUAAACAUUACUUGGCAAGAAACCUGUGAUUUCUUUGUUGUUGUUGUUUUUGUUGUUGUUUUUUUUUGUGCAACUGAUCACAUAAUUUGUUAAUCUUCAUUUCCCUUCUUCCAUCUACUUAAUUUACAGUGUCACUCAGUUUGUCUGUCUGUCUGUCUGUCUGUCUGCUCUUUUGUGUAUGUUCAUUCUUCCAAUGACUGUCUUUCUAUCUGUCACUUAUUCUCCUUGUUCUCCUCUGUCCAGUCACCCACACGUCAGUUUUACCACAACUCUAAAUUCCACCUUUAGGUUCAUCUGUUGGAUCAUUUUACCGUACUUCCACCUGUAGACUUGUUUGUGUUACUUAAAUUGAGUUAGAAGAAAGUACAGUUUUUUGUUUUUUGUUGCUUUAUUUUUUUAAUCUACAUAAGAUUUUGACAGUAAAGGUAAUUUUUUUUGUGCAGAAGAUCCAAGUCUGUUAUCAGUAGACAAAUAUCAGCCUUGGGCAGUGAAGCAGAUUAUUGGUCAGCAUGGUGAUAAGAGCAACAUGAGAAAGCUGAUGAACUGGCUGAGAGACUGGGAAAAGAAUAGAAAGAAACUAGCCUCUAAAUGUGAGUACACAUUGAUUGUCAAGAUGCUUUUCCCUCAAAUACAUGUACAUGUAACUUCUCUUCAGGCAAGUAUGCAAACGGUUCAGGCAAACUGUCAUAGAAAGCAGAUGAAAAAGUUUGGGUUGUAACCAGAUAGGGGGACCUUUCUAGGGGGUAGCAAUUCUCCUAGCCACCUGAUGCUACUGAAAUUAAGUAAGCAUAGGCAAGGUUAGACCUGUGGCUCUUGUGCUGACUUUACCUCUAACCCUUUAUCUCACAUGAGUGACCAAGACAGGAUUUCCCCUUACAAUAUCAAUACAAUAUCAAUCAGACAAGUAAUGAGAAUGUAGAAAAAUAUCAAUCUGGGGAUGAUUAGUUGAUCCAAUACCAAAUUAUCCAAAUCAUAAAAAUUUUAUGGCAGACAGUAAGAAGUACAAGUGAGCUGUUUGAAGUAAAAGGGUUCAGUGGAUGAACCUAACCUUAAUCAACAGAUAUUUUACAUAAGACCUUAAAUUGAGUUGUAAUGCAAAUUUCGUCUAGCUGUUGGCUAAAUACCUUUCACACUGAAUCCAGAUUGUUUCUUAAUUCCCACAUUCAGAGAUACAAUUUUUUAAACAGCUGUAACUUAUGAACUUUUAUGAAUUUAUUUUACUCGACAGUCACUUAUACAUGUAGUUAGUAUGUUAGUAGUGGAAUCACAGUUUUAAACCUUUUUAUUUUGCACAGCUUUCUUUUACAACAAAGACCAAGAUGGGUCGUCCUUUAUGGCAGCUCUUCUGUCCGGUUCCCCAGGAGUUGGAAAAACAACAACAGCUACAUGUACCCUGGUUUGUGAAGAGCUGGGUUUUACGUACAUUGAAAUGAAUGCCAGUGACACACGAAGCAAAAAGACCUUGGAAGAGCACAUUUCUCAGUCACUGAACAAUAAAACCAUGGAUUGCUGUCUGACAGGUUGUCAAAUUUCUGUAACAUUUGGAAUGACUUUGAUAUUAUUAAAGAUACUUCAUGAAUUCUCUUGUCUUACUAAACUGAUUUUCCUCUGUAGUUAAUUUAAUAGAUUUCAGAUUUCAUUUUUCCUUGUAUUUUUGGUCGUAUUCGCUAUACAAUAACUUUUUUUAAAUUCGCCUUACGUCAUUUCUUUUCACUCACCCGUCGA